UGUGCUUUUAGUGGGGUCCAUUUCCAUCCCUACUCUGAAGAACAGUAGGUGGAGCUAUUUAAGGUAUAAAACCCAAGUAUCUUCCUGGAGUUCAAAUUUGUGCAGUAAUUGGUUAGGACUCUGAGCGCCGCUGUUCACCAAUCAGGGAGAGAAAACAGAGCUCCAGCUCGCCCGCCUUGCACGCGUCUAAAACACAAAGCGCAGAUAGAACCGAACCAUCUCUAGGACUGUGAGGAAAGGACCGUGGAGUUCUGCACCCCACCACCACCUCUGUCCGAUUCCAGAGGCUGAAGAGCUGAUCUUGACUUCAGUGGUCAAGGGAAAAAUUAGAAAUAAUCCUGGAGGAAAAUGACAAUGAUUCCUGAGCGACUGCACCGCGACUGCAAAGGGCUGGUCCUGUUGGGAGUCCUUCUGGGGAUCCAGUGGGAAACUGGUUGUACCCAGAUCCGCUAUUCAAUUCCUGAGGAGCUGGAGAAAGGCUCAAAGGUGGGCAACAUCUCCAAGGACCUGGAGCUGGAGCCCCGGGAGCUGGCGGAGCGCGGAGUUCGCAUCGUCUCCAGAGGUAAGACUCAACUUUUCGCUCUGGACCCGAGAAGCGGCAGCUUGGUCACCGCGGCCAGGAUAGACAGGGAGGAGCUCUGUAUUGGUGCUCUCAAGUGUCAUUUAAAUCUGGAGAUUCUGAUGGAGGAUAAAGUGAAAAUAUACGGGGUGGAAGUAGAAGUGAGGGACAUUAAUGAUAACGCUCCCUACUUCCGUGAAAGUGAACUAGAAAUCAAAAUGAGCGAAAACGCGGCCACGGGGAUGCGGUUCCCCCUUCCUCAUGCUUGGGAUCUGGAUAUCGGCAAGAACUCUCUCCAGAGCUACGAGCUCAGCCCGAACACUCACUUCUCCCUGGACGUGCAAAAUGGAGCAGAUGGCAAUAAGUACCCGGAGCUGGUGCUGGAGCGCGCCCUGGACCGCGAAGAAAAGGCAGCUCACCACCUGGUCCUCACCGCCUCGGACGCGGGCGACCCAGUCCGCACCGGCACCGCGCGCAUCCGCGUGAUGGUUGUGGAUGUAAACGACAAUGCGCCAGCGUUUGCGCGGCCCGAGUACCGCGUGAGCGUCCCGGAGAAUGUGGCCGUGGGCACGCAGCUGCUUCUGGUGAACGCCACCGACCCCGACGAGGGCGCCAACGCGGAAGUGAUGUAUUCCUUCCGGUACGUGGAUGACAAGGCGGCCCAACUUUUCAAGCUAGAUAGUAGUUUAGGGACAAUAUCGACGAUAGGGGAAUUGAACCAUGAGGAAUCGGGAUUCUACGAGAUGGAAGUGCAAGCAAUGGAUAACGCAGGAUAUUCCGCACGAGCGAAAGUCCUGGUCACAGUUCUGGACGUGAAUGACAACGCCCCUGAGGUAGUUGUCACCUCUCUCACCAAUUCGGUUCCAGAAAACUCGCCCAGUGGGACUUUAAUUGCCCUUUUAAAUGUUAAUGACCAAGACUCUGGGGAAAACGGACAGGUGGUCUGUUCCAUCCAAGGGAAUCUGCCCUUUAAAUUAGAAAAAUCUUAUGGAAAUUACUAUAGUCUAGUCACAGACACGGUCUUAGAUCGAGAACAGGUUCCUAGCUACAAUAUCACGGUGACAGCCACUGACCGGGGAGAUCCGCCCCUGUCCACGGAAACUCACAUCUCGCUGAACGUGGCCGACACCAACGACAACCCACCCAUCUUUCCUCAGGCCUCCUACUCCACCUUCAUCCCGGAGAACAACCCCAGAGGAGCCUCCCUCUUCUCUGUGACCGCCCACGACCCCGACUGUGAAGGAAAUGCCCAGGUCACUUAUUCCCUGGCCGAGGACACCCUCCAUGGGGCGCCCGUGUCGUCCUAUGUCUCCAUCAACUCGGACACUGGUGUCCUGUACUCACUGCAGUCCUUCGACUACGAGCAGUUCCGAGACCUGCAGCUGCAAGUGGUCGCACGUGACAGCGGGGACCCUCCACUCAGCAGCAACGUGUCGCUGAGCCUGUUCGUGCUGGACCAGAACGAUAACGCCCCCGAGGUCUUGUACCCCGCCCUCCCCACAGAUGGCUCCACCGGCGUGGAGCUGGCACCCCGCUCCGCAGAGCCCGGCUACUUGGUGACCAAGGUGGUGGCAGUGGACAGAGACUCAGGCCAGAACGCCUGGCUGUCCUACCGCCUGCUCAAGGCCAGCGAGCCCGGGCUGUUUAUGGUGGGGCUGCACACGGGGGAGGUGCGCACAGCGCGGGCCCUGCUGGACAGAGAUGCGCUCAAGCAGAGUCUGGUGGUGUCUGUCCAGGAUCACGGCCAGCCCCCUCUCUCGGCCACUGUCACUCUCACUGUGGCCGUGGCCGACAGCAUUCCGGAUGUCCUGGCCGACCUGGGAAGCCUCGAGUCUCCCGCCAGCUCUGAACCCUCAGGCCUCACAAUCUAUCUGGUGGUGGCGGUUGCCGCAGUCUCCUGCGUCUUCCUCGCCUUCGUCGUCGUGCUGCUGCUGCUCCGGCUGCGGCGCCGGCACUCAACACGCCUGCUCCAGGCUGUUGGCGGCGUGCCCGCCUCGCACUUCGUGGGCGUGGACGGGGUGCGGGCUUUCCUGCAGACCUAUUCGCACGAGGUCUCCCUCACCGCGGACUCGAGGAAGAGCCACCUGAUCUUCCCCCAGCCCAACUACGCGGACACGCUCAUCAGCCAGGAGAGCUGCGAGAAAAGCGAGCCUCUUUUGCUGUCAGGUGAUUCCAUGUUUUCUAAAGACAAUCAUGCAUUAAUUCAGCAAGCCCCGCCCAACACGGACUGGCGUUUCUCUCAGGCCCAGAGACCCGGCACCAGCGGCUCCCAAAAUGGCGACGAGACCGGCACCUGGCCCAACAACCAGUUUGACACGGAGAUGCUGCAAGCCAUGAUCCUGGCCUCUGCCAGUGAAGCUGCUGAUGGGAGCUCCACCCUGGGAGGGGGUGCUGGCACUAUGGGCUUGAGUGCCCGCUACGGACCCCAGUUCACCCUGCAGCACGUGCCCGACUACCGCCAGAACGUCUACAUCCCUGGCAGCAACGCCACACUGACCAACGCGGCUGGCAAGCGGGAUGGCAAGGCCCCAGCAGGUGGCAAUGGCAACAAGAAGAAGUCGGGCAAGAAGGAGAAGAAGUAAUGUGGAUGCCAGGCCUCAAGCCGCAGGGCAGCCUCCCUCCCCAGCCAGCCCAGCUUCUCCUUACCGGUACCCGGGCCUCAGAAUUUCAGGGUUCACCCCCAGGAUACUGGUAGGGGCUAAGGCCAUGCUCCCCUUGGGAAACAGAAACAAGUGCCCAGUCAACACCCCCUUCUCUGCCCCCAGGGGGUUGAAUAUGCAAAGGGAGUUCUGCUGGGAACCCCCAUCCAAUCAAUUGCUAUACCCAUGGGGGGGUGGGGUUAGUGUAGACACCCAGAAUCAUUGUCAUGCCCCCUUUAGUUACAGCUGAACUCCUCCAUCUUCCAAAUCAGUCAGGCCCAUCCAUCCCCUGCCUCACUCCUCCGUGCCCCAUCCCACUCCUUCAACAGUCCUCUCUCUGAGGAAGGAGGUUGGGUGUCCAGGUACCAGGUGACCUAAAAAGACUCAUGGUUCUGAAGCGUUGGAAGGGCAUCAUGACCUCUUGGCCCCUCCUUCAGUUCUCAAUCUUCCCUCAAAGCAUGGCUUGGGGCCAGUCUCUUCACUCUCCAGAGUCUGAGGCCAACGCUCAAGUUUUGGGACACACAGUCACCAUCCCCAUGGUACUGACGCUUGCUGGAUUUAGGGAGGACAUUUUGCUACUAAGCCUCUUCCCAACACCCUGGGGACCAGUUUUUUGUUUUGUUUCGUUUCGUUUUUUAUUGUUUGAUGUUCCCACUGCAUGCUGUGACUUCCCUACCCUCUUCUCAAACAAGAGACUCCAUUGCAUGUUCCGAGACA